GAGAAUCUCCCAGGAGAGCUGGCCCACUGAGAAAAUCCACAUUGGACCUUGGAGGAGGGGAGAAGCAAGCCCAGCCACCACCCCUGAGCUCCGCCACCCCCGUUUCACUGUGAAGAUCUGGCUGCUGGGCCGUUAGAUCACCGCCACCAUGAGCCUGGGCAUCAUGGAAGAGGAGGAUCUGGCAGAGUACUUCCGGCUGCAGUACGGGGAGCGGCUGCUGCAGCUACUGCAGAAGUUCCCCAGCAUUGAGGACCAGUCAGACUCCCCAUCCAUCCGGCUACUGGAGAAGAAGAAGGAGGCCAAGAUCAUGCACCAUGCCAUGGAGCAGAAGAAGGAGACAUUUCAGCGCAGAAUGGAAACCCUGAACCUGCGCUGGGAGGAGCUGGGGGUCAAGGAGGCCCAGCUGAAAGCCCACAUACAGAAGUUUGAGCAGUUCAUCCAGGAGAAUGACCAGAAACGGAUCCGGGCCCUGAAGAAGGCCAACAAGGAACGAGAACUCAAGAGACAGCGCAUGCGCGAGCUGGCCAAGGCCAAGCAGGAGAUGGCGGCCCUGCGGCUGGAGCACCAGCGCCUGAGCGCCAAGCUGCAGGAAUACUCCAUCUUCAACAAGUACCUGGAGAAGGUGGUGGAGAACUCUGAGUUUGAAGAGAUCCACGAGGUGAUCGCGCGCUACAAGACGCUGGUGAGCAUGCACCGCGACCUCAUGCAGUCGGCGCAGGAGGGCCAGGAGAAGAUCGAGCGCGCCAAGGCGCGGCUGGCGCGCUACAAGGAGGAGAAGGACGACGAGAUCCUGCAGCACAACAACGAGCUGGCGCGCCUGCAGAUGCGCUUAGACCGCGCCCGCAGCGACGUCAUCAUCUGGGAAUCUCGCUGGGCACACAUCCAGAACACCGCCGCCAAGAAGACCCUCUUGCUUGGCACCAUUAAGAUGGCAACGCUGAACCUCUUCCAGAUCGUGAGCAAGCAGCUGAAGGAGGCGAGCGUCGUGUCCCUGGAGGACACGCACAAACAGCUGGACAUGAUCCAGCAGUUCAUCCAGGACCUGUCAGACAUCUGGGCAGAGGUGAAGAAGAAGGAGCAACAGCAAGUCCGGGUUUAAGGAGCAGCCAUGGUUCCAGAAUGUUCUGAGAGAAGGGAGAGAGAAAGUUCCUCGUGACCUUGCUGUCCAGCCAGACCAGUCCGGCCCUCUGGGACCCCUGUGCCUUUCUGCUGGUGAAAUCCCUGGUUUUUUCCCCUUAGAUCUCAGCCCAUCCCGUCUCUGAAAACAUUAAAUUCUAUAAGAAGUUUGUUCCU